AAAUAUUUAAAAAUGUUAUUUAAUUCUUCCACUGCUUCUUCCGUAUUAAACCAAUCAUCUACUGCUGAUAAAUUAGCUAAUAGAAUGCAACGCCUAAUUUCGACGAGUGAAAGUUCUGAGGAAUGGAAAAGCUCAACAAAACGAGAAACCUUUUCUUUGUUGAAUCAGGAAUUGGAUCGAUUAUUGAAAACUGCUCCGGCUAAUAAGGCAGAGGACUGGAAAAAAGAAUUUGCAAAUUUUAAAUCUCUCUUUAUCCGCUUUCUUCGCGCCAGAACUGUUAUAGAUUGGAAGUGCGUCCUUUACAAGAAGAAUUAAUUAUUCCCUAUGCUCAAUUAAAUAUGGUUAGAGGGCAAAAGGAGAUUGUACGCGAAUUGUUGAGUUCUCUAGUUGUCGUAAAACUUAAUGGAGGAUUGGGAACUUCAAUGGGCUGUAAGGGACCAAAGUCGAUGAUUUCAGUGCGCAAUGACCUUACUUUUCUUGAUCUGACAUUGCAACAAAUACAGAAUUUGAACCGUGAGUAUGAUGUUAGUGUGCCUUUGGUGCUUAUGAACAGUUUCAACACUGACGAGGAUACUCAAAAAUUGC